UUCCCCAUCUGCAGCAACGGCGAUGGCGCCGGCCGGCGACUCCACCACCCCCAUCCCCCGAUCUCUAGCUAGCCACCGAUUUUGAGCCCGAUCUGAGAUGCGCCAACUCCCUCUUCCUCCAUGGAGAUCCCUGCCCAGCGACCCAAGCUCUCAGAUGGCGGCGACAGCGGUAGCGAGGACCGCCUCAGCGACCUUCCCGAAGACCUUCUUCUCCGCAUCCUUGACAACAUCCGCGACGUACCCGUCGCCGCGCGAACCAGCGUCCUCUCCAGCCGCUGGCGACGCCUCUGGAGGCUGCUCCCGGUGCUCAACUUCCCCUUCCCCACUGACCCACAGCACAUACGUCUUGCCCUCCAAUCCCAUGAAGCUCCGGUCCUCUGGAUCCUCCAAGCCGACGUCUUGGAUGGCACCCCCGAUUCCAUGGCGUCCUGGCUCCUCAUCGCCGCGCCCCGCCUCUUCGGCCGUCUGUCCCUCACCAGCAGGGCGUCACAGAACGGACCAGAGGAGGACAUGGCCGACGAGAGAGGAGCCUUUGAGCUGCCCUGCUUCCAGAACGCCGCCUCGAUCCGCCUCGAACUAGGGCCUCUUGGGGUCUCCAUUCCACCAUUGGGCGUGUUCGCAAGGCUCAACGACCUCUCCCUGGUUUGUGUCCAGCUACAUGGUCCGUGCAUGCUCGGUGACCUUGUCUCCUCGCCACGCUGCCCGGUCUUACGGAAACUCAUCAUCAAAGCGGCCUCGGGUCUAGGCAACCUUGCAAUCCACUCUGAUUCGCUCAUAGCAAUCAGCCUAAAGGAUGUGCAUCUGCACCCAGCCGAUGCCCUUGGUCCGGGCCACGUCACCAUUGAGUCCAACUCUCUCUUGCAAAUGGAGCUAAUGAGUGUGCAUUCCUUGCAGCAGCUCACUAUUACGGCUCCAGCACUCAAAUGUAUUUAUGUGGACUCUUGCUUUGCAAACUACCGUGCUAGGGCUUCGAGGCAUAAUCAACCGGUUGCAAACAUCUACGCUCCUCGGCUCAAGUCUCUCUAUUGGCAUGAUGCCUAUGACCCAAGCUCCACGCAGUUUGGCAACAUAGAAAAUCUCGAGACGCUGGGUGCAUACCUUUUUCAUGUAUAUGGAAGAGAUAACUAUGCUCCAAAUAACUACCUUCUGAGGCUUCUAAGGCGCUUUCAGCUCAUCCUCAGUCUCAGAUUCUUGCUUCACUAUCAGCUGGACAUUACCGACCAGCAGUUCUUGAUGGAAGACAUGGCAAGGCUCCCGAAUAUUGCACGCAUGUCCCUGGGUAUAUGUCCCCAAGGACAUUCCUUUGGAGCGAGUGUGUUUCAUCUUCUCAGGAUGUCUACUGGUUUGAAAAUACUGUGGCUUGCACUUGUCGGUUCAACUAGCCACCCAGAGGUUGAGCUAAUUGAAGUUAUCGAGGCAGUGAAACUACAAAAGCUUUGA